CAGGAUAAUGCUGGACGUGGAAACGGCUAGAGGAGCAUGAUUUUAUAUUCUUACUGAGUUUACAGUGUUUCACAGUGCGGGUUUUAAUUUCAUGAUAGAACAAUGUCUAAAAGAAGUCAGCCUAUUUGGUCACGGCCGUUAAAUAAUGAAGAAAGGCCAGUGUUACGGUUAUACAACAGUUUAUCGCGGCAAAAGGAGGAAUUCGUAUGUUCCAAUGGCAACAGGGUCAACUGGUACACCUGCGGGCCCACUGUUUACGAUGCCUCCCACAUGGGUCAUGCCAGGUCAUAUAUAUCUUUUGACAUUCUCAGACGAGUAAUGUCUAAUUAUUUUGGACUGGAUAUUCUGUAUGUGAUGAACAUCACAGACAUUGAUGACAAAAUCAUUAAAAGAGCAAGACAGAACCAUUUAUAUGAAAAGUAUGCAAAAGAAGAGAGAGAUUUGAGUAAAACAAUAGAUGAUGCAACAACAGUUGUGAAUUACUAUGAGAACAUUGUCAGAACCACUGGUGACCCAGAUAAAAAGGUUGCCAUGCAAAAGAUGUUAGACAGUGUAGCUUCUGCAGUUCAGGAUCUCAAGUUAGCAGUAGAAUGUAAGAAUGAUGCCAAGAUCUCUGAAGCAAAGAAUGCAUUGCUUACGUCAGCAAAGGACCCAAUAUCAGAAUGGUUAGACAGCCAGUUUGGUAGCACAGUCACUGAUAAUGCAAUAUUCACCACGUUACCAAGAUAUUGGGAAAAUGAGUUUCAUAAAGAUAUGAAAGCUUUAAAUGUCCUACCCCCAGAUGUAUUAACAAGAGUUAGUGAAUAUGUACCACAGAUAGUUAAGUUUAUAGAGAAAAUCAUUGAAAAUGGUCUAGCUUAUGAAUCAAAUGGCUCAGUGUAUUUCAAUGUGAGUGAGUUUGACAGCAAGAAGCACCACCAUUAUGCCCGGCUGGUGCCUGAAGCAUACGGAGACACCAACUCAUUACAAGAAGGGGAAGGCGACCUCAGCGCCGACAGCUCGGAGAAGCGGUCCGCGAACGACUUUGCGCUGUGGAAGCGGAGCAAGGCGGGCGAGCCCUCGUGGGGGUCGCCGUGGGGGCUCGGCCGGCCCGGCUGGCACAUCGAGUGCUCGGCCAUGGCGGCCGACGUGCUCGGCGACACGCUCGACGUGCACACCGGCGGCGUCGACCUCAAGUUCCCGCACCAUGACAAUGAGCUGGCUCAGAGUGAGGCAUACUUCGACAAGCCCGGCUGGGUGAAGUACUUCCUGCACACGGGGCACCUGACCAUCGCGGGCUGCAAGAUGUCCAAGUCGCUGAAGAACUUCGUGACGAUCGGCGAGGCGCUGCGGCGGCACAGCGCGCGCCAGCUGCGGCUCGCGUUCCUGCUGCACGGCUGGAAGGACACGCUCGACUACUCCACCAAUACCAUGGAGAUGGCCAUUCAGACUGAGAAGAUGUUUAAUGAAUUCUUCUUGACGGUGAAGGACGCGAUGCGCGCGGGCUUCGACGAGGGCUGCGGCGGGGCGUGGCGCGUCGAGGAGCGCGCGCUGGCCGCCAAGCUGCAGGCCGCCAAGGACCAAGUCCACGCUGCCCUCUGCGACAACAUCGACACGCGCGGCGCGCUGGACGCGCUGCGCGAGCUGGUGGCGGCGUGCCACGUGUUCCUGCGCCGCGCCGCGCCGCGCCCCGCGCCGCUGCUGGCCGCGGCCGCGCGCUACGUCACCGACGUGUUGCACGUCUUCGGCGCGGUGGAGGGACCCCGAGGCGGCAUCGGCUUCCCCGUCGGAGGUGGCGACAACGUCUGUCUAGAGGAAGUGGUGAUGCCAUACCUGGAAGCGCUGAGCACAUUCCGAGCGCGCGUCCGGGACGCAGCGCGAGCGGUCAAGGCCACCGAUGUGCUGGCGCUGUGCGACCAGCUGCGCGACGUCGACCUGCCCGAGCUGGGCGUGCGGCUCGAGGACAAGCCCGACCGCACAGUGGUGAAGCUGGUCAGCAAAGAAGAAUUGAUGCGAGAGAAGGAAGAGAAAAAGCGAAUAGAAGCAGAGAAGCUUAAGAAGAAGCAAGAACUGGCCGAAGCGCAGCGGCUCAAGGACGAGCUGAGGAGGGUCCCGCCCGGGGACAUGUUCCGCGAGGAGGCCGACAAGUACUCGCAGUUCGACGACAAGGGUCUCCCAACACACGACCACGAAGGUAAGGAGUUGAGCAAGGGACUCGUCAAAAAGCUGCAAAAGCUGCAACAGGCCCAGGAGAAGAAAUACAACGAGUACUUAGCCUCGCUCAACGCUACCAGCGGUUAGAAUCGAUUCCUUCAUACUUCAAGUGCGACUUUGUAUCCUAGAGACUGAUAUUUCAUUAUCUUUGAUGUCGUGUGUUAACAGCAAGAUAGGUAUUCUAGUCA